GUUAUUUGCAGUUUCAAAAAACCGUUUCCCUCUUUUCGUUUCCCUCUCACUCUCACACUCACUCUCACACAUUCAGUUUCCGAAAUCCCAAACCAAAAGGAGUCACUGAAAACCGAACCCUAUCCAGUAAUCGAGAACCCAAACCCUAAGAGAAUGGGGCAUAGGAUUUUGUUUCUCAUCUUCGUUCUCGGUUUUCUUGGCCCUGAAGGUGUUGACGGAGUCCAGAUUCUCUCCAAGUCGAAGCUCGAGAAGUGCGAGAAGAAUUCCGACUCCGAUAAUCUCAACUGCACCAAGAAGAUCGUCUUGAACAUGGCGGUUCCCAGUGGCUCUAGUGGUGGAGAGGCCUCAAUUGUGGCGGAAGUAGUGGAGGUGGAGGAGAACUCAACUUCUAACAAGAUGCAAACUCUGCGAAUACCACCAGUGCUAACGGUCAACAAAUCUGCUGCAUACGCCAUAUAUCAGCUAACAUAUAUACGAGAUGUUUCUUAUAAACCCCAAGAGUUUUAUGUUAAGACACGCAAAUGUGAGGCAAAUGCUGAUGCAAAAGUUGUGAAGAUAUGUGAGAGGUUACGAGAUGAAAAAGGUCACAUUAUUGAGCAUACCCAGCCAAUAUGUUGUCCUUGUGGGCCCCAGAGGCGGGUGCCUUCAUCAUGUGGAAACUUUUUUGACAAGUUGAUGAAAGGAAAGCCAAACACUGCACAUUGUCUCCGAUUUCCAGGUGAUUGGUUCCAUGUGUUUGGUAUUGGACAGCGAUCAUUGGGAUUCAGUGUUCGUAUUCAGGUCAAGACUGGAUCUAAAAUUUCGGAAGUGAUUGUGGGUCCUGAAAACAGAACAGCAACAUCCACCGAUGAUUUCCUAAGGGUUAAUCUUAUUGGUGAUUUUGUUGGAUAUACAAAUAUACCGACAUUUGAGGACUUUUACCUUGUAAUGCCGAGGCAGGGUGAUGGUGAUCAACCACAGGAUUUGGGGAGGAAUUUUUCUAUGUGGAUGCUGCUUGAGAGAGUAAGGUUUACCUUAGAUGGCCUUGAAUGUAACAAAAUUGGUGUCAGUUAUGAAGCAUUCAAUGGGCAGCCAAGCUUUUGCGCUUCACCAUUUUGGAGUUGCUUGCAUAAUCAGUUGUGGAAUUUCCGUGAGGCUGACCAGAACCGAAUUAAGAGGAAUCAGUUGCCACUAUAUGGUGUUGAAGGAAGGUUUGAAAGGAUAAACCAACAUCCAAAUGCAGGGACUCAUUCGUUCUCCAUAGGAGUAACCGAAGUACUCAAUACAAAUCUUCUAAUAGAGCUAAGUGCAGAUGACAUAGAAUAUGUUUACCAAAGGAGUCCUGGAAAAAUAUUAAGCGUCAGCAUACCAACAUUUGAAGCACUUACUCAAUUCGGAGUGGCUACAAUCACAACUAAGAAUACUGGUGAAGUGGAAGCAUCAUAUAGUUUAACGUUUGAUUGCACAAGAGACGUCACAAUCAUGGAGGAACAAUUCUUUAUUAUGAAGCCGAAAGAAAUUACAAAUCGAUCAUUUAAACUCUACCCAACUACCGAUCAAGCUGCAAAAUAUGUAUGUGCAGCUAUACUAAAGGAUUCUAAUUUUAACGAAGUUGAUAGAGCUGAGUGCCAAUUUACUACUACAUCUACUGUUCUUGACAACGGAUCACAGAGUACUCCUUUUCAACCACCAAAGAGUAGUAUAAAUGGUUUCUUUGAGUCUAUUGAAAGCAUUUGGAAUAAACUAUGGAAAAGUUUGGUAGACUUUAUCACAGGAAAAACUUGCAGAAGGAAAUGCUAUGGAUUUUUUGACUUCAGGUGUCACAUACAGUAUAUAUGUAUGAGUUGGAUAGUAAUGUUUGGUCUACUUUUGGCAAUUUUCCCAACUGUGCUUGUGCUACUAUGGCUUUUGCAUCAAAAGGGACUCUUUGAUCCUCUUUAUGACUGGUGGGAAGAUCAUUUUGGGGCUGAUUACCAGAGUAGCAGGGGAAUCCGGAGGCACAGAGUUGAUUUUGACCACCCUCACAUUCAUGUUAAUAAACAUCAUGAGCAGCAGCCAAGGCACCACAAGCAUGGUCCUCAAUAUAAGCGAAGAAGCAUUUACCAUGAAAGAAGGCACAACCAUUCCAACAGAGACACUGAUUAUUAUCACUAUCUCCAUCAUGUUCAUAAGGACAAACACAAGCAUGGCCACAGUAAGAAUUUAAGUACCACUCAGCGAUGGAAAAAGGGAAGACAAGAUGAAUUUCACAAGCGCAAACGGGGGCUGCUGAAUGACACCCAGUUUAAUCUUCAUGCUAAGCGGGGAGAAUAGUCGAAUUUCAAAUUGAUAUUUCGCAAUUGAAUGUUCUCGAAAAAUUGAUGACCCACCUCCCAUCUCCAUGGAUUGAAAGUUAGGGGAUCUUCAUAUUUUGCAGGGUUCAAGUGUACAGCUGGGGGACAGACCAUAAUGGCCCAACCUGCUGGAAUGUUGCGUCUUUUAAUUCAACGGCGUCCUGACAUGACCACCGGUGUAAUCUUCUGGUAGCCGCCUGUUCAACUUCAGGGAGCAUCUUUUUCAGGCUUUCAGGACCAAAGAGAUUCAGCACCAUGUUCUUCAGGUACUUGUACAUGAACCCAUGUAAGGAACCCACAUUCUGUCGUCCAAAAAUCUCUGUGAAUGUUUCCGGGUACCAGCUUUGGAACAAGUUCCCCUCUUGUUGGAAGACGAAGUGAUUGAGAUCCGGGUCCGUUGAUAUCACCACCGGUCGUCCGACCAAAUUUGUCCUGAAUAUCGGCCCAUACCUGGAAUGUAAAAUGCGUUAUCAGAAGGAUAACAGCAACAAGAAAAUGCGAAAAUGCAGUUAGAGCUGACAAUUUUUUUGACACCACGAACUCAACACAAAAUUAGUGGGGUAGAGUUGUGGGGUCUUACACGUUUGAUUAAAUGAGUCGGGUCAAUAUUAACAUAUAUAGUUUUAUACUGUAACUGGACGAGACCCAAACCUGACAUGCCAUCACGAAUUGUUGCCCCUAAAUGCAAUAUCCUUUGAUAGGAAAAAAUGGUGAGUUAUCAGAAAGUUUACCUAUCCAUCCUUUCUUUGAUAAACGGAGGAACGCCAGAAGAAGUGUUGGGAGAGAAGAACUGGAGGGUCUCUCCAAGGAGUGGCAGGCCCAUUGAGCCUGGUGGGAGUUUUCCUUUGCAUCGGGGAUUUCUCCAGCUGUAAACCCAAUUUGUGAUGCUUAUGAUUAGCAGAGCUCCAAUGCAGAAAGCCCACAUCUUGCUUAGUUAAUGAGUUACUGAAUGAAGCUCAGAAGAAAAAAUAAACGAUCUUGAAUGGAAGAAAUAAGCACAAUGGUGUGAAGGGUUUUUACAGAAAAAGAAAUGGGAGAGGCUAAGAUUGCCAGAAAUGAGAAGGAUUUUGAGGUUGGAAACGUGGGAAGAAGAAGAAGUAUAGACAGGGAGGAGCAGAAAGUGCUGGCAUGUAUCUUAGAAACCAGGAGAUCUUCUUAAAUAGUCAGGCCAGAACUUUUACAACUAUUUAGAAAAAUAAUAUAAAGUUUUCCUAGUUGUUGGGGAUCUAUAUAUAGAAUAGAUUAUGGUAGACUCUGUCUAGAACACCCACUAUCCUUUGUCAACGGAAAGCUAUGAAAGUUUGUGUUAAGAGCC